AAGAUCUCUGAAGACCUAUACAUCACUGGACAGCUAACCGAAGAAGAGCUCAAAGACUUCGCAAAGAAAGGCGUCAAGUCUAUCCUGAACAUGCGAGGUCCUGCAGAGGCAGGACAGCUGGGCCUGGGAGUACUUGCAAGAGAAGAAGAGAUUGUGAAAUCGCUUGGGUUGAAGUAUGUAAAUCUGCCUGUCCCGAGAGAAGGACCUUAUUCUGACGAGCUAUGCGCCCGGGUCAAGGACACCUUGAAUGAACUCUUAAACACAGCCAAGCCAGUGGUAGUACACUGUAGAACCGGAAGGAGGGCU